CAAAAGCUGCCUUUGAAAUGUAUAUCAACUAGACAUCCUUAUCAAAAGUCAUGGCAGAGAAAAGGCUACCUGAUUUUGUUGAUCCUGGUCGCCCUGCAUUUCCACAAAAACUCUUAAAAAUAGACAGUUCUGAAAUUUCAAAUGCAACACAGUCCGUUUUAUCAUGUGUAGAAAGUGAUUCCUGCAUCGGGAAAACGGGUAACAAUGAAAAGCAGGAAGAUAGUGACGACGGUGAUGAUGCUGAUCGUAGUCUUCUAUACUGUAUUCUGUUAUCGCGGUAUGAAGGUAUAAAUCUAAGCAGCACUGACUGGUAUGAGAAACUUACAAACAUCAGACAGACCUAUGAUAUGAAACACAGAUCAAGAGAGGAGGACAUCCGUGCCAUUCAAUCAAUGAAAAAAACAUCUCAUAGUGUACACAUCAUUGGAAACGUUGUAAACUGUUAUCUGUUUGACAUUUUUGAUGAAGAUGACCGUGUUCAUAAUUGCCUGACGUUCAACAAAGAUUAUGAAAAAUUCUGGAAGGUGACACCGACAGUUGUUUUGCGGAAAUGCGUUCCUUAUGUGUAUAACAUACUGGAAAACAUUAUGUUUAGCAGUGAGAUUUCUGAUAUUGUUUUGAAUGUUGGAAUGAACUUAGUUCUAUUAUCAGACAGUGAUUGGAAAUAUGACGAAAAAUUUCAGAAAUGUUUAAAGAUAUUGAAUCUUCCUCAUGCUGUGGUUUACAUGGUAAAAAACGAUGACGAGCAUGAUGAGUUCAGCAAUUUCAAAGAAUAUGUGGAUGAGAUUAUGAAACGUGAACAUAAAUCCUUAGAGUCAUUGAAUCUGAACAGUCUCCUUGGCUCCUACCUUAUUGGACGGCAGACAGGCAAAGAGAAAGGUAAUGAUUUCAGUUGAAAAUGAUAUGUCUAUCAUUCUCUGAAGGAUGAAGAUUCACAA